CAAGGGGCCACGCUGAUCUCCGUCACUCGUGGCCGGGAACCCGCUGCCACGGCGUGCGACAUGAACGUGCACCUGCCUCUGGAGAGGGAGCUCUGCCCGUUCGGGUGGCGCCGGUGACGUUCACGGCGAUCAGUGGUGUUCGGGGACACGGUGGUGGCGGCGAUCAUGGGGGCCAAGAGCCUUACCAAGGAGCAGUAUGCGGCCAAUCACCCCGCAGGCAAGAUCGGGAAGAGCCUCAUCUUCAAGGUUAAAGAUCUAAUGAGGAAGCAGGAGGAGCUUCCUUUCUGCAAGGAAGGGGACAUGAUAAUGAAUCAACUCACGGAGCUUACAAGUAAAGGAUGUGGAUGCCUGCUUGUUGUUGAUGAGGAACGCCGUCUGAUCGGGACAUUUACAGAUGGUGACCUUCGCAGGACUCUCAAGGCUAGUGGUGAAGGCAUUUUCAAGCUCACAGUGGGUGAAAUGUGUAACAGAAGCCCAAGGACUAUUGGUCCUCAAGCAAUGGCAGCGGAAGCAAUGAAGAGAAUGGAGGCUCCUCCUUCCCCUGUCCAAUUCUUGCCUGUUCUCGAUGACCAGAAUGUUGUUAUUGGAAUCGUCACAUUGCAUGGACUCGUUUCAGCUGGUCUCUGAACAUGUACGUUUUCAGCUCACCACGAUAUGAUUCUUUGUAUUGCGUUAUUCUUUGUAUCUGUUGCUGAUUUGCUCGAGCAGCUUGAAGCAGCUUGCUUUUUGCUGUCUUCUUUCAAUCUCAUGUACACAUAUAUUGAGGUCUGCUACACUUUGCGAACAGUCUGUUCUCGUUUAGUUGUCGCUAUUGUAUUUACGAUAGUAAUAUUGAAUUGUUGGUCACCUCGAGACCCUUUUUCUUGUUUGAUGUGAAUUGUAUCUCCCUUUGUAAUUA